CCAUUGCAAAAACUCCCCAACUUCCAAGCACAUCCUCCAAAUCUCACCUUCAACCUUCUCUUUUUACUUUUCCCCCACAAUCGGAAAAUGUCGGCCGGACUCGGAAAAUGCAGCAAAAUCCGUCACAUUGUCAGGCUUCGUCAAAUGCUCCGCCGGUGGCGCAACAAAGCUAGAAUGUCAGCCAAUCGCAUCCCUUCCGACGUACCCGCCGGACACGUGGCUGUAUGCGUCGGAACAAGCUCUCGGCGGUUCGUCGUCCGGGCCACUUACUUGAACCACCCGGUGUUCAAGAAGCUUCUGGUCCAAGCCGAAGAGGAGUAUGGGUUCACCAAUCAAGGUCCUUUGGCAAUCCCUUGCGACGAGUCAGUUUUCGAAGAAGUUAUCCGGUUCAUCUCUAGAUCCGAGUCUCCUAACUCGGGACGGUUCGUGAAAUUGGACGACUUUCAAAGUUAUUGUCAUAUCGGAAUCAGAACUGGGCUGGAUUUGUGGCCGGAAUCUAGGCCUUUGCUUCAUGGGUUGGCCGAAAAAUCCAUUUGGUAAUGCGGGUGUUUUUGUAAAUCCGUCUGAAUUGGCAGCAACUUUGCAGAUAAAGUGAAGAACAUAAACAAGAACAACAUCAAAAGGAGCGAGUCAAAGAUCCAGAUUUGACUCGGUUGAGUUACCCGAGAUGGGUUGUAAUUUAAAUUUAAUCUAAUCUGGGUUUUCAUUUUUUCCCCUUUUUUUUAACCUUCCACAUCCCACUUGCUACAUAUACACAAAAAAGGCAAGAGGAUUUAUGGAGGGUUUUUCUUUGAAAAGAAAAAACAGAGUGAAGUAAGUGUAAUGUGAGUAUUGGGGAACUUGUUUUAGCUCCGGAGAAUGCUUAUGGAGAUGGCAAAAACUGGUGGAGGGAUCAAUUCACCAUGUCGUCCCGAGCUCGAAUCGGAGUCGGGGCGGAACCGAGAAGGAAGAAGAAAAACAACAGAAAGUGUUGCUAAUUCGGCCAGAGGUCUAUUUUCUGUAAAUUAAGUGAUUGAUUUCAAAUUAUUCAAUGAGAAAUUCUAUAGACCAAUUCCAAUUCCAAUUCCAAUUCCAAAUCCAAAUCCAAUGUGACUAAUGAUUUAUUUAGAAAAGGAAAGGUUGUAAAUUAGUAAUUGGGGCAGGGGAGGCUCCAAUGGGAAGACAUGUGCAAUAUAAAAUAAACAGAAGGGGCAUAUGUCCCAUUUGCUCUGUUUCA